AUGUCGCUCCUCCUCACGCCCAGGGACCGCUACGCAACAGACGCAAAGGCUCCGCUGGCCUGCGGCAGCUGCAAGCGACAAAAGCGCAAAUGCGAUAAGGCGCGCCCGGCGUGCGGCCUAUGCACCCGCAUGGAACGCCGGUGCGACUAUGCCGACCCCGCGCCGGCCGCCCCGACCGCUGACGACUUUGCCGCCCUGCAGCUGAAGCUCAUUGAGCUCGAAGGCCGGCUUAAUACCGCCGGCGGGAGUGGCGGCGACGGAUGCACGCCCGCGUCCUCAUCAUCGGGGGGGACAGGCGGGGUCGGCGGUGGCGGUGGUACACCCGGCCCAGGUCCAGGUCCCGCAUCCAACUCAAAUUCCGCGUCGGGGUCCGCCGCUGGGGGAGGCAUAGAGGAGACACCGCCUGCUGCGUCUGUCUUUACGCCCCUUGAGCCUCUCUGGGAACAGCAGGCUUCGGCCCAGUACCCGCCAGACGCCUUCCUUGAUCUUUCUUCUACGGAGUGGUUAAACCAAUCUCUCCCGAGACCCGUCAUCGACAUCCCAAAUGAAGUCCUCCAACAUCUAGGCGACGGCCACGCAAUCCAAUACGCCGUAAACGCCUACUUCACCACAAUCCACACCUGGCUCCCCAUCGUCUCCAAGAAGCGCAUGAACAUGGGCGCCGCCCUCAGUCAAGGCGGCCCGGACCUGGCCAUGCUCUUCCUCGCCAUGAAGCUUGUGGCCACCUGCCCGACAGACGUCCUCGCGGGGGGUUCCCAGCACAUGGCAAUCUACCGCGCCGCCAAGCGCUUCAUGUCCCUGCUAGAACACAGCGGCGCCACUUCGGUCAUGGUCCUGCAGUCCGUGACGCUCAUCGCCUACUUUGAGUACGCCCACGCCCUCUACCCGGCCGCGUGGAUCACCGUCGCCGCCUGCGUGCGGUAUGCCGAUUUCCUCGGUCUGCCUGGGUUUCACGAGGGGACUAUUAUUCUGGCGUCGCCUACAACGUGGACAGAGUUGGAGGAGCGAUCGCGGACGUGGUGGGCCAUCAUCAGCCUCGAUCGCAUCAUCUGCCUUGGCAACAAGAAGCGCUACCUCUCCCCCGAGCCACAAGACAACGAGACAUACCCCGUAGACGACUCAGCAUGGGACGAGGGCCGCGUCGGCCGCGCAACCCACCACAACAUCACCUCCCCACCCCCCUCCCCACCCUCCCCCUUCUCCUCUCUCUGCCGCUCCGCCCUCAUCGCCGGCAAAAUCAUAACCCACGUCCGCAAAGUCACCUCGGACCGCAAACAGAACCCGCACGCCUCGCCCGCCGACGCCAUCGCCGAGGCGAACGCCUUGUCGGAGACGCUGUUCUCGACUCUAGAGCACUUGCAGCAGCAGCAGCACGCCACGACAGGAGCAGCGGCAGUCCAGAGGCCACAAAUGCUGUCUCUGCCUUUGCUACCGUCGCGGUGUGUGCUGCUCUCAGCAGCUGUCCUCCUCCACGACUUUUACUGCUGCCCCGCCUGUCCCGAUGGCCGCCUCAAGAGCCCCGAGGAGACGGCGCAGCAGGCGCGUUCCGUCGACGUCUUGUUGAAGAUUAGCAAGGACGUUGCUGUGUUGUCGGAAAAUCUGCUGCUUCUCGUCUCGCGGACGGAACGGGAUGGUGGUGAUGGUGAUGAUGACAUGGGUAUAAGUAAUAACAGUGGUUACCACCACCACAAUGAGGGGCAAAGCGGUGUCACUAGCGACAUGGGCAGCGUGAGCCCGCUGAUCCUGGACGCGCUCUACGGCGCGGCGAAUACCCUCGCCUGGCUGCUGAGGGAGGAAGGUACGCUCGAGUGCGAGGAUGAGAUGAAUGUCAUCAAGCGAUGCCUCGAGAGGCUGGGCUCACGGUGGAGGCUGGCGGGGGAGUAUGGGCGGAUGCUGGAGCAGCAGGAUUUUGCGAUGAUGAUGCAGGAGAAGGGGCACUCGACGUUGAGGAUUAUAUGA